AUGAGAUUGUUUUCUGCUCUCGUGGUGGUAAUACUACAAGCUGCGAGCGUUCUCGCGUCGACAUGCCUUCAACAACAACUAGGCGAUAGCCUCAGUUUCCCCGAUGAUACAACAUACAAUGCCACAGUGUCUAGCUUUUGGUCGAUCCAAGAGUCGACACUGCGACCGGCCUGUGUGCUCCGACCUGCCACCGUUCUAGAGGUUUCCAAGGCCUUGGAAAUCCUCAGCGACAGCGUCGAAUGCGAGUUUGCCAUCAAGGGAAGAGGUCACGCUCCGGCAGCAGGGUUUGCUAACGUGAACGGGGGGGUUGCGAUUGACUUGACGGCCUUGUCUUCCGUGUCCCUCAGCCAGGACUCAUCCAUGGCAAGUGUCGGCGCUGGCGCAAAAUGGCUCGACGUCUACCAGCACCUCGAUGGCUCCGGAGUGCAGGUGGCAGGUGGGAGGAACGGUAACGUCGGCGUUGGUGGACUGUUGCUAGGCGGAGGAAUAUCGCAUUUCACGACCAAAGUUGGCUGGGGUUGCGACAACGUGGUCAACUAUGAAGUUGUACUAGCCAACGGAACGAUCAUCAACGCAGAUAAGACUAACCACCCAGACAUGUUCCUCGCGUUAAAAGGAGGAGGCAACAACCUCGGUGUCGUCACACGAUUCGAUCUUGCGACGUUUCCGCAAGGCAAUAUAUCCACAACGACCAUCACGUACAGCAUAUCUCAGAGCGCUGAAGUCUUUGAAGCAUUUACCAAGCUAAUUGAGUCGUCUAACUACGAUCCAUUGGCGUCACUAAUUACCAGUCUUCUCUAUCUUUCGGCAACCAAAACAUGGAGGCUGAGUUCCUCUGCAGUCUAUACUGAGCCAGUGACCCAGCCCGCGUUUUAUGACGAGCUCUUUGCAAUUCCACACGAGUCCCUGGUCAACAAUAUAAUAUCCUUGGCGGAGUAUGCAGAUGAGAAAGAUACAUUUUCCUUUAAUUGGCUUUUUGCCACGACAACUCUGAAGCCAUCUGCCGAAAAUAUGCAGAAGAUGUUCGAUACUUUGAACAGUACAAUCUACUCUUUCAAUCCAGAAGGUGGCGUGACUUGGAGCAUCGCUCUCGAACCUUUGGUAGCGGCUAUGCUGCCAGAUUCCGGUGAUAGAGAUAUACUUGGUCUAGAGCGUGCUUGUCCUGGCUUUAUUGUCCUGAUCUCCGCUCUGUGGCCAAAUUCGACUGCCAACUCUGAGGUCGAAGCUAAAGCUCGAUCAGUUUUGUCGGCAUGGGAGGCCGACGCGGAGUCAAAAGGGCUUUUACAAGAUUUCCAAUAUCUCAAUUACGCUGCUCCGCAUCAAAGGCCCCUGCACUCGUAUGGUAAAGAUAAGCUUGGCUUCUUGAAAUUAACUAGCGAGAAAUAUGACUCUGCAAGGAUUCUACAAAAGGACGUAGGAGGUUUCAAGCUCUGA